ACUCUGCUCAGGAUGGAGGCGGUCUGAGGCUCGGAGCUCACAGCAAACAUCUGAUGAGUGUCCCGGGAGAUGGACGCUGUGUGCUGACGUCUACAACAAGCUGCAGGAAUAAAGACUAGCUGGACCGGUUCCUGCUCCACCACAAACACUCGGACUCGACAUCUGCUGCUGGAAGGAGGAGGUCGACUUUCCGAAGCGCUGAAAAAGUUUUGGGAAGAGUUGCGUCGGACGCGCUGAGAGAUGUCGGAGCCAGAGAAGAGCGAGAACAUUCCUGAUGAGUCUGCAGUGAAGGAAAUCCCGAACGGAGGGAAUCCUGCGAAAAGCAAAGAGGACUUUGACCUGGCGGCCAUCUAUGUGUCGGACGCUCAGUACAACAGGAACAUCUACUUCGACACGUCGCCGCAGGCUGUCAGGUUGUAUCUCCUCUACAACCACUGGCUCCCUAAGGUGCUCCUCUACUUCUUCAUCCUGGUGGAUCUGUGCCUGGCUCUGUUCGAGGAGCCGGCUGUCCUCCCUCUGCCUUCAUGGGCCACCAUGCUGGUGGAGCUGCUCUGUCUGCUCGUCUUCACCAUUCGACUUGUUCACUAUGCCAAGGUGAUUCCUCGGGACAAGUUCUGGAAAGAUCCCAAAAAUAUCUGCAUCAUCGUCAUCCUCAUGCUCACUCUGGUUGAUAUGAUCAUCUACGGAGCGCUGAAAGCUGCAGACUGCUACGGCGUCCGCUGGUCCAGAGUCCUGCGACCCCUCCUAUUGGUCAACGUGACGGAGGGACGACAGCUCCGCAGAGCGUUCAGAAGCAUCCGGAAUGCUCUUCCUCAGAUCUUCUACGUCUUUCUGCUCUUCAUGUUCAGCGUCCUCAUCUUCUCCCUCAUGGCCCUCAAGCUGCUGGGCAAACGAGGUUUGAAGACCAUAGAUGGCACUCCGUACUUCACCAGCUACCUGGAGAUCGUCUUCGAUCUGUACGUGCUCGUCACCACCGCCAACAGCCCCGACGUCAUGAUGCCGGCGUACAACGCGAGCUUUGUCUUCGCCAUCUUCUUCAUCUUGUACAUUCUCAUCAACACGUACAUCUUCAUGUCUGUCUUCCUGGCCGUCGUUUACAACAACUACAAAAAAUACCUGAAGGAGGAGGUACGGCAGCUGGUCAGGGCCAAAAGGCACAAGAUGGUGCGAGCCUUCGCCGUCCUGCAGGAGCAGAAGGAGGAGGGCGGUGAGCCGGUGGUGACCCAGGCCAACUGGAACCAAGUGGUCCAUCUGGUCCGGCCCGGCAUCAGCAACGCCCACAGAGAGCUGCUGUGGAGCGUCUGCGAUGACAAGAACCAGGGCGCCAUUGGUAAGGUCGCAUUUGUCCAGCUGGCCGACCUCCUGAACAUUGAGGUGAUCACCAUCAAGUCGAGACCACACCCACUGAACAGCUUAUGCCCCGCCCUCUACCAGUCAGCCCCCAGCCGCCUGCUCUGCCGAAUGGUCCAACACCGGGCCUUCGUGAUCGUGUACGACCUGAUCAUCCUGGUGAACGCCGUGUUCAUCGGUCUGGAUGAAGAGAACCCAAUGAUCGCCAACUCAGAGUGGGCCUUUCUUGCCCUCUACCUGCUGGAGAUCCUGCUGAAGCUCUACGUGUUCGAGCCCAGAGCUUUCUUCUCCAGACACAGUUUCUGGAAUUGCGUGUCUACAGCCCAGAUUCAAAGUACGAGGUUCGACACCAUCAUCGUCGUCUCUGCUCUCGUCGCCACAAUCGUCAACUCCACCAUGAAGUCAUCGGGCGGUUACACCAGCCGGCAGAUCCUGGACAUCGUUUUCAUCCUCCGAGUCCUCAGGCUGAUCCGGGUGGUGGACAGCAUCAAAAGGUUUCGUACAAUCAUCAACACCCUGAUCAGGAUUGGACCAGCCAUCCUCACAUUUGGACAGCUCAUCAUUGUGGUGUACUACAUCUUUGCCAUGGUGGGGAUGGAGCUCUUCAAGGACAAAGUGAAGUUUUUUGAGGACCCCAGUGACCCGGCCCAGUUGUACUGUGGAAACCCUCUGCUGAAAGGAUCGGCCUUUGCACAACUCAACUACUGCAAGAACAACUUCAACAACGUGGUUUCCUCCUUCAUCCUGCUGGUGGAGCUCACGGUGGUCAACCAGUGGCAUGUGCUCAGCCGGGGCUUCGCCACCGUCACCCACAUGUCGGCCAUCAUCUUCUUCGUCCUCUUCCACAUCAUGGUCGUCAUCAUCAUCAUCAACAUCUUUGUGGCGUUCGUCCUUGAGGCUUUCUUCGUGGAGUACUCUGUAGACAAGGGCGACCUGCAGACGGCUCUGGAGAGGAGAAUCGAGGAGCUGGAGUUGGCUGUGGCACAAGAGAAGUUGGAGGACAACUUGGUGAAUGCCAUGGAAACCAUGGACAACGAGCUGGGAACCAGCCAGGCAGCAACGCCCAACGUCCCGUCCUUGAUGUUUAAGAUUGCUUCAAAACGAUACCGGACGGUCGACGCCUUGCUGCAGCGGAUGUUUGAGGCUGAUCUGGACCCUGAAGACUUCGCUGAGAACGACGAUCCUGAAGCUCAGGGCAACGGGAACUUUGCAAAUCCAACAUUCAGCUCUGCAUGAACAUUUCUGAACAAACCUAUAUGAAGGGAAGCUGUUUCUAUCAGUGAUGUGUAGUUUUACACUCAGCGUCAGACAUUUUUAAAUCUGAUCUGUUUGUUCAGUGCAAUGUAUGGACAGCGUGAUUCGAGAGACACAUCCAGUGUUAUAUUUUUAUAUAUUUGUCCUUUAGCACAGAAGAAAUCAGUAUUUUCACAUAAAUAAUAUUGAAACUGUUUAAUGUGUGUUUUUAGUGUUCAGACAAAAACGAAAAUAUGUUUAAGACUGAAAAUGAAAAGCUUUUGUAAACCAAGUGACAGUAUCACAUAUAAAAUGUAUGAGUUCACCUGCUC